CCAUGACGAAAAUGAGGUACCUGAAGAGCCCGGAGUGCGUGAUAGUACAGCUUCCUCACCACUCCGGAGCCACAGAGGGCAUCGCUUGUUCUCUGACCUCACAAACACACUUCUCCAUAGGAGGUGGAGUGAGGCUCCCUCCGCUGCUCCUUUUUUGCCGGGCACACGCGUGCCCCGGCCCUUCUACCCCGCCUACCGCCCUUGGCAGCCAUGAAGGGGCCCCCAGCUCCCUGGAAACCCUGUUGUGGGUCUACCACUUUCACAGCUCUACGGAGGUGGCCCUCCAGCCCCCCCUUCUACCUUCUUGGAACUCUCGGUGGCCGCAGCCCAUUGAGUAUCUGGAGCAGAGGUUCAGAGAGCUUUAGUCCCUGGAGCCGCGGGAGCCAAAGAAACCUCCCGCCCCGAAACCCACCCUGGGGCUGGUGCUAAGAGAAGCCGCAGCCAGCGUCUUAAACUUCGGCGCCACCUUGUUAGAGAUCUCAGCUCUGUGGCUGCAGCAGGAGGCGCGCCGACUAGACGGCGACGACAGCAGCCUGGAGCCAGCCCCAGAUGUCGGGGAUCCGGGUGGAGCGCUGGCCCGGGUAGCCCAGGCCGCGGGGCAGGGGGCUCGGCAAGCCGGGGCUGCGGCGGGCGCGAGCGCCCGGCUCCUGCUCCAGGGGGCGUGCCUAUGUCUGUGUGGACGGGGUUUGCAAGGGUCCGCCUCAUUUCUGCAGCAUUGGCGAUGCCAGCUGAGCCUCGAAGCCCCCGGGGAGCCGGGGAGUUCGGGAUUGGGGUGAGUUGGGAGCCAGAGGAGGCGCGGCGGGAGUGGCAGGCACUGAGCCGGCCCGCCCCCAACAGAGAUAGAGACUCUAGAGACCUCAAGGUGGAGUCCAGCAGCAGUGCUGAGGACGGGGAACCAGGGAAUCCCUCGCCAUCCUAGCCUCACCCCGCGUUCAAAUAAAGCCCAGGCGGAGACAAGACAGCUUAAGCUGCUCACAGUGCCUUUUGGGUUUGGUCCCGCCCUGACCGCGCCCCUCUUAGCUCCGCCCCGUGUCAGUCUGGCUCCGCCCUUCGUAUUAGCCAGGACCCCAUAUGGGUACCGCGGGGACCCGCU